CGUGUUACGGGGCGACGCACGCCAGUGGGCGGGGCCUCGGCGCAGAUUGAAGGAGGGUGCUGGACAGACUGGAGUGCGGCUCACGGAGAGACUUGUGCGAACGCCGCUUGAUUUGUAUGGAUUGUGUUCCUCGAGGCUCCUGUCAGCAUGAACGAAUGAGCUUAUGCAACCAGCUGAGGGAAAUGGAUUUUGAAUUGUCCCAGUCCUGCCACGUACAGUCAGUCCUCCACCUCCUCCUUCUUCCCUGAAGGACGUCAGCUGUUUAUGGGAACUACUGGCUUCAGUCUCCUGAGGAUUUAGCUCUCCUUUCAGGACCCCCCUUCCCCACCCCACCCUCCAUAGCAUCAUGGCUAACAACUCGUAUACCGGGGUGAAGAACUCCAUAGCAGAGCCCAAUCAUGAUGGGGAAUUCGGCUGCUCGCUCAAAGACCUGCGCUCACUCAUGGAACUUCGGGGGACCGAGGGAUUAAACAAAAUCCAGGAUUGUUAUGGGGACGUUAACGGACUCUGCUGCAAACUGAAAACUUCACCUAUAGAUGGUUUAAGCGGGAGCCCUGCCGAUAUCGAAAGCAGAAAAGUAGUGUUUGGACAGAACUUUAUACCUCCGAAAAAGCCAAAAACAUUUCUUCAAUUAGUAUGGGAAGCGUUACAAGACGUAACGUUGAUCAUCCUAGAAGUGGCAGCCAUAAUUUCAUUAGGCCUUUCUUUUUAUAGACCUCCAGAUUCACAUGAAAAUAAUUGCGGUGAAGCGGCAGGAGGUGUGGAAGAUGAGGGCGAGUCCGAGGCAGGAUGGAUCGAGGGAGCAGCCAUCCUCCUCUCUGUAAUCUGUGUGGUGCUAGUGACUGCCUUUAACGACUGGAGUAAGGAGAAGCAGUUCCGUGGCUUACAGAGCCGCAUUGAACAAGAGCAGAAGUUUACAGUGGUGCGCGCCGGGCAAGUCAUUCAGAUCCCCGUGGCUGAGAUUGUAGUCGGGGAUAUUGCACAAAUCAAAUACGGUGACCUCUUACCUGCCGACGGCAUUCUCAUCCAAGGGAACGAUCUAAAAAUCGACGAGAGCUCUCUGACAGGAGAAUCAGACCACGUGAAGAAGCUGCUGGAUAAAGAUCCUAUGCUGUUAUCAGGUACCCAUGUCAUGGAGGGCUCUGGAAAAAUGGUCGUCACUGCCAUCGGAGUCAACUCCCAGACCGGAAUCAUUUUCACGUUACUAGGGGCCGGGGAAGACGAAGAAGAGGAAGAAAAGGAGGAAAAGAAGAAGGAAAAAGAGAGGAAGAAAGAGAAGAAAAACAAAAAGCAAGAUGGCUCUGUGGAGAACAGAAAGAAAGCUAAAGCCCAGGAUGGAGCUGCGAUGGAAAUGCAGCCCCUGAACAGUGACGAAGGGGCCGACGCGGAGGAGAAACGCAAAGCCAACUUGCCCAAAAAAGAGAAAUCUGUUCUUCAGGGGAAACUGACUAAACUAGCAGUACAAAUCGGCAAAGCAGGUCUGGUGAUGUCUGCCAUCACAGUCAUAAUCCUGGUAGUGUUGUUUAUAGUGAACACCUUUUGGAUACAAGGCAUUUCAUGGGAGAAAAACUGCACACCCAUAUACAUCCAGUAUUUCGUCAAGUUCUUCAUCAUCGGCGUCACCGUCCUGGUGGUGGCUGUCCCUGAGGGUCUGCCUCUUGCCGUCACUAUUUCACUGGCUUACUCCGUCAAAAAAAUGAUGAAGGACAACAAUUUAGUGAGGCAUUUAGAUGCCUGCGAAACCAUGGGCAACGCUACUGCCAUCUGUUCGGAUAAGACAGGAACUCUGACCAUGAACAGGAUGACUGUGGUGCAGGCUUACAUCGCAGACCAGCACUACAGGAAGGUCCCUGAGCCGGAAGUAAUCCCUGCCAGCAUUCUGGACCUGCUCAUCCUGGGUAUCAGCGUCAACAGUGCAUACACCACCAAGAUCAUGUCUCCAGAGAAGGAAGGGGGUCUAUGUCGUCAAGUGGGCAACAAAACCGAAUGUGCCUUGCUUGGCUUUGUGUUGGACCUAAAAAAAGAUUACCAAGCAAUCCGCAACGAGAUCCCCGAGGAGAAGCUCUAUAAAGUUUACACUUUCAACUCUGUCAGGAAAUCCAUGAGCACCGUGCUGAAGAAUGCUGAUGGAAGCUUCCGGAUGUUCAGCAAAGGAGCCUCGGAAAUUCUGCUUAAAAAAUGUUAUAAGAUCCUUACAGCGAAUGGUGAGACCAAAGUGUUUCGGCCCAGAGACAGGGACGACAUGGUGAAGAAAGUGAUCGAGCCCAUGGCCUCUGAAGGCCUGAGGACAAUAUGCCUGGCCUACAGAGACUUCCCCGCUUCAGAAGGAGAACCCGAUUGGGAAAACGAGGCCGAUAUACUCAGCAGGCUCACCUGUUUGUGCGUGGUGGGCAUCGAGGACCCCGUCAGACCCGAAGUCCCCGAUGCUAUUAGAAAGUGCCAGCGUGCCGGGAUCACAGUACGCAUGGUCACCGGGGACAACAUCAACACAGCUCGCGCCAUAGCAAGCAAAUGUGGCAUCCUGCAGCCUGGAGACGAUUUCCUGUGCCUGGAAGGUAAAGAAUUCAACCGGCGGAUACGCAACGAAAAAGGAGAGAUCGAACAGGAGCGGAUCGAUAAAAUAUGGCCUAAACUCCGAGUCCUGGCCAGAUCCUCUCCGACUGACAAGCACACGUUAGUUAAAGGUAUCAUUGACAGCACCAUUUUAGAACAGAGACAAGUUGUAGCUGUAACAGGAGACGGUACAAACGACGGCCCUGCACUGAAAAAGGCCGAUGUCGGAUUUGCUAUGGGCAUCGCAGGCACCGAUGUAGCUAAAGAAGCCUCGGACAUCAUUCUUACUGACGACAACUUCUCCAGCAUCGUCAGAGCGGUCAUGUGGGGUCGCAACGUCUACGACAGCAUCUCCAAAUUCCUGCAGUUUCAGCUCACUGUCAAUGUAGUGGCCGUGAUCGUGGCCUUCACUGGAGCUUGCAUCACACAGGAUUCUCCUUUAAAAGCAGUUCAGAUGUUGUGGGUAAAUCUGAUCAUGGACACCUUUGCCUCAUUGGCUUUGGCCACCGAGCCUCCCACAGAGUCUCUUUUACUGAGGAAGCCAUAUGGCCGCAACAAACCCCUCAUCUCCAGAACCAUGAUGAAGAACAUUCUGGGCCAUGCCGUUUACCAGCUCACAGUCAUCUUCACCCUGUUGUUUGCAGGCGAAAGGUUGUUCGACAUAGACAGCGGCCGAAACGCCCCUCUCCACGCACCCUCCUCUGAACACUACACCAUUGUCUUCAACACCUUUGUGCUGAUGCAGCUAUUCAACGAAAUCAAUGCCCGCAAGAUCCACGGCGAGAGAAACGUCUUCGACGGCAUCUUCAACAACCUUAUCUUCUGCUCCAUUGUCUUUGGCACAUUCAUCAUCCAGAUCGUCAUCGUGCAGUUUGGCGGCAAGCCGUUCAGCUGUGUGGGUCUCACCAUUGACCAGUGGCUCUGGUGCGUUUUUCUAGGCUGUGGCUGUCUGCUUUGGGGUCAGUUGAUCUCUUCCAUCCCCACCAGUCGCCUGAAGUUCUUGAAAACAGCUGGUCACGGAACACAGAAGGACGAGAUCCCAGAUGAUGAGCUGGAGGACAUGGAAGACCUGGACGAGAUUGACCACGCCGAGCGUGAGCUCCGCAGGGGGCAAAUCCUCUGGUUCCGAGGCCUCAACAGGAUACAGACUCAGAUGGAUGUAGUGAGUGCGUUCCAGAGCGGCACUUCCUUUCAGGGGGCCCUCAGGCGUCACCCCUCGAGCACCAGCCAACAGCACGAUAUCCGAGUAGUGAAUGCAUUCCGCAGCUCCCUGUCCCCCUAUGAGGGGCUGGAGAAACCCGAGUCACGCAGCUCAAUCCACAACUUUAUGACCCACCCGGAGUUCCGGAUAGAAGACUCGGAGCCCCACAUCCCCCUCAUCGACGACACAGACGCAGAGGACGACGCCCCUACGAAGAGAAACGCCACCCCGACGCCCCCUCCGCCUCCCUCUCCAUCACCCAACCAGAACAAUAACGCCGUCGACAGCGGCGUCCACCUAUUCUUAGACAACUGCACGCCGGCCACGCCCUCUGUCCCAGCGAGCCCCAUGCACAGCGUGGAGACGUCCCUCUGAUCGGCUCCGCCGCCCCUCCCUUUCUCCACACUUUGAGCCACACCCACCUUGCCGUCUCUCUCUCUCUCUCUUUCUCAACAGAGACCCGUGCUCGCUCAGCGGACUCACGCACACACCGAGCCGCGUGUGAUCUCUGGGAGCUUGGCUUGUGCUUGACUGAAAUAAGAGCAAGCGUUCACCAGAAUGUAGGGUGUGGUUGUGAUUAUUACCCUUUUUUUUGUUUUUUGUUUUUUUUUCCCCCUCUGUUGUCGUCUUAUUUUAUUCUCAACUCCCUCUCGGAGAGGGAAGGACUCUGUUUCCACCUCUGCUUCUAAAAUCUUUGUCCCCUUUGAAAAAUGGAGGGAUUGUUAAUUCAGAUUGAAAGUGACCUGUAUUUUUUAUUAUAGUUAUUAUUAUAAUUAUUUAAUUAUUAAUAUUCUAAUACUGAGGAGACAAAUGGUUUCUCUAUGGCUUGAAAAUUAUUAGAUGUUGGAAUUGUCUUUUUUUUUUUUCUUUUCUUGAAUGGUGGUGUAUUUUUUUUUAUUUUUUUUUUUAUUAUUAUUAUUUUUUUUUUCCUUUGGCCCGAGAUCACCCAGAUUCAUUUCUGCUCCAUUUGGCUGGUCAUAUUUUGAAUUAUUUAUGGGUUUUUUUUUUUUUUUUUUUUUUUUUUGGAAAAAGGCAGGUCUGUUUACAAAGUUUGUAGAUACUUUUUUUCUCUUUGUCGGUGAAGGAGCUUCCUGAUGCAGAAAAAUGGGGAAAAAAAAAAAAAAAAGGAAGAAGAAUAACUAUUUCAGAUACUGCUGUAUUUUCAGGAGAGAAAAAAAAGGUGUUUCUAUAGAAACCAAACUAUUUUUGCCUGCAAGUUUUAUUUGUUAUAUAUUUGUGGAUACAUAGAAAAACUUCUAGCCAAAUAGAUAACACUAAGGCUUGUAUAGCAGCGAAGAGAAGGCGUCGAGGUCCGGAAGCGAGGACGGGGAUGCAGGCGAGGACCUCCGUUAGUACAUUUCCUUUAGGCAUUUACUACUGCGUUUCUUCAGUUUAUAAAAGCUAGUUUAUCACGCUUACUAGGGACUGUGUUAUGUUCCCAGUUCAUCGAUAUUUCGAUCGAGGCGUAAUGGUCAGGGAACUCGAGGUUUCAAAUGGCAGCAGCUGAAACGGAAUUAAAAGCGAGAGAGACAAAUCACCGACGUUAUCGCCGGGUUGGUCAUUUCUUAGCAGGAAGUACAUCGGUGACAUUUCUGUCCCUGCCAACGUGUGAUAUCAAGGCUCAUGAUCUCAGGCUUGGAGGGAAAAAAUGUAAAUGGAUGAAUCAGAUGCAAAAACAUGAGUGAAGAAUUUUUUUUUUUCGUCUUGAAUUAAAUUAUCUUGUUUCGAUUAAAAUUUAAGAUUACAUUUAUCUUGGUCAGAAAACAUUUCUAAUUUUUGUGGCUUGAUUUUUACAAAAUAAUUUUUUUUAUUUAUUAAAUUUUUUUUUUUUUUUGGGCACAUUACGUUUCCACUUGGGAAUCAGGGGCGGGCGAACAACGAGAGAUUGUAUUCUUUAGGUCGGGGGGGAAUAAACACUUGGGUAUCAUGUUGUCUCUGCACAGGGUACAGUUCUUUCAACUCCCUUUGGAAAUUUUGAUACAGACCAUUAUAAAUAUAGAGUCAGUGUAUUUUUAUGGGACAUGAACAUCUUUUGACCUGCUAAAGCAGACUUCGAGGAAUUUUACACAGUAACCAGUGCAGUAACGGCUUUCCGAAGCAAGGCUAGUGAUUUUGGUUCUGCUAGGAAUCUAUUUCUCAGGGUGGCGAAUAGUACGAACCAGGCUUUAAAAAAAAAAAAAGAAAACCACAUACAGUCAAAUAUUAACACUUUUUUAAAAUGUUUUAUUGCCUCUUGUAUUUUUUUUUUUUGUUUUGUUUUUUUCUCCUGCAGGCCUGUAAAUCGAAGAGGAGAAAGUUUAUAGAAGGGUAGGAUGUGCUCUUCAGUCAGUACAUCCCCACUUUUUUUUUUUCUUUUUUUUUUUCUAAUUUAUUACUUUUUUUGUUCCUUGUGUUAAACAAAUAAAACAGAAAAAAAAAGCAGCUUGAGUUUGCUAUUUAGUGAAGAGAUAAUAUGGAAAGAUAAAAAUCCACAAGUUUAUUCUGUAGCUUCUUCCUGUAACAGGGAUGAAUGUUUUUUUCCAUCUGUUUUUUUUUUUUUUUUUUAAACUUAACAUUUGGAAAUAAAAAGUACUUCAUGUCUGUUUAUCGGGAGAAAUGUAAAUGGUUAUCGUGAUUUAAUUUACAUUUGAAACUUGUUGAGUAAUGUGUAUGGUUUUUAAGAAUUAAAAGCGAAAAAAAAUGGA